GAAUUUCCCAUCACCCCCACAUCUCCAAAUCCCCAAUCUAGCAUCUCUCACCAAAUCAAUCUUCCCCGCCGCAAAGAGCGUUUGUUGGAAGCCAUGGAAGUCUCAAGCACCCCAGCCGGGAAGGGUAAGAAGGGAGCGGCCGGGAGGAAGGUCGGCGGCCCCAGGAAGAAGGCCGUGACGCGAUCCGUCAAGGCCGGGCUCCAGUUCCCCGUCGGCCGCGUCGGGCGACUCCUCAAGAAGGGCCGGUACGCCCAGCGCGUCGGCUCAGGCGCCCCCGUCUACCUCGCCGCCGUCCUCGAGUACCUCGCCGCUGAGGUGCUGGAGCUUGCCGGGAACGCCGCGAGGGACAACAAGAAGAGCCGCAUCAUCCCCCGCCACGUGUUGCUCGCCAUCAGGAACGACGAGGAGCUCGGAAAGCUGCUCGCCGGCGUCACCAUUGCCCACGGUGGCGUGCUGCCCAACAUUCACACCGUGCUUCUCCCUAAGAAGACCGCGGAGAAAGCCCCCAAGGAGGCUAAGGAGCCCAAGUCCCCGAAGAAAGCCGCCACCCCUAAGAAGGCAGCCAAGUCCCCUAAGAAGGCUUAGAUAGAUUCCAUGGCUUGGCUUAAGCUCUAGUUGUUCAUAGUGAGAUGUUGGUGUUCCUCUAGCUAUGUGGGGGUAAAGCCCGUGAUAUGUGUAACUGUGUUAAUGAAGAACAUCAGACAUCGUUCUGAUCUGCCUAGUUACCGUGUUCUCGCUGUUCUCUUCA